UGGCCACUUGGCCGCUUGCCGCCGCCGUUUCCUCUCUCGGCCCAAACAGCCACCAACCAGACUAGCCCAGGAUACCCUCCCUGCACCGCGCCCCAUACACCUGCGCCCGCUGACACUCCUCCCCGCGACCCCGCCAACCACCCUUCGCGUCGCCCACGACUCGUCGUACACCCGGUCUUCCCUCCGUCGCCGAUUUCGUUCCCCUUCCCCUACCCCUGUCCCGAUCGCGCAGCUACGGCGAAACCCUAGCGACGAAUUCCCCGCCGAAUCGAGGAUUCCAAGGUUCCGACCGCGCCGAGCGCGGGGACCGCAUUCCGGGAACGGGUGAUGGUGACCUGCCGCAAGAUGGCACGCGUCGACGUCGCCGAGCUGAAGCAGCGCCUGGUGAAGCGGCUGGGCCGGGAGCGGGCGGCCAAGUACUUCGCACACCUCACCAGGCUGCUGAAUCUGAAGCUCACCAAGGUAGAGUUCGACAGGCUCUGCUUCGCCACCAUCGGCAAGGACAACAUCGCGCUGCACAACGCGCUCAUUAGGGGGAUCAUAGGCAAUGCUCUGUCGGGAGUGCCUCCGCCCAGCCGGCAGGCGGUGACGGGGCAGUCGGGCACCACCACCGCCCCGAGCGGGCAGUGCGUGGGCGUCGCGCUGCCCGUGGUGGGGAAUGUGGGGGCAGUGGUCGAUUCGGGUGAUGGUGAGCUGGCGAGGGAGCUUGGGGCGCCGGUUGGGAAGGUGGUGUCCGUGGAAGAUGGGGAGGAGGUGGAGCAGAUCAGGUCUGUUCCGUGUGUCCAGAGCCGGAGCCCGAUAACACAGCCCUUGGGGAUUUCAGUCGCUGGGGGCAGUGGUACGAGGGUAAGGAGGAGGCUGGAUGAUCCUUUGGUGUCAUGCUACGAUUGUGGACAUUUGCUGGAUACGGGCUCUCUGUGCGAGGAUUUGCAUCGGCGACUGCACAGUACCGGCACUGGAGUGACGGUGCAAGCUGUCGAUGCUUUGAACCGUGGAUUAGAUGAGUUGUUGCGAAGGUUGAUUAAACCGUGCAUGGAUUUGUCGAGGGUAAGAGCCAGCAGUAGAAGAAUUAGCAAAGUCAAUGAAAAGGUUGCUGGUAGAGUGAAUUCAUUGCAACAACUAAAUCAGGGUCAGCGUACAACGAUGCAAGAUUUUGCAGUUGCUGUGCAAUCUGAUCCACAUUUGCUUGGUCCAAAUUGGCCCACACAAAUCGAGAAGGUACAGGCAAUGUCAUUUGGAGGAGAAUGAUACAUAGUGGCCUGUUAUAGCUGAUGAACAUGAACUUCUCUAAAGGAGAUGCUGUUUGCUGGCAUUGAAGUAAAUGAAACGGCAGACCAACACCAUGACUACAAAAUCUGAGUAUUGCGUUGCUCACAAGCAGGAGAUACCAAGGCCCACCAGGUGAACAAAGGGAGAUGCAAUGGACAGUGUAGCAUAAUUUCUUCCUUGGGAAUCUAGCCUGUUGUCAAUAAAUCGAAGAAUCGAUAGGGUUGGCUGAUGUUCAGGCCAAGCUAAGAAACUCGUCGACAAACAUACCCUCAGCUCUUGGCUCAAAAAACAUGUUCUGAUAGUACUUUUAGAGAUUUGUUGUGACGUUGUAAUAGAGCAUUUUCCCCUUAUUAGAUUUAAAUGGAAUCAUUUUUCUCAGUGAUCAUAAAUGAUGCCUUCAAUGGCUCAUUGCUCCUGUACAUUGUAUUCAGAUUAUGGCAAUGAUCACUUGCAAUUAAGAUAAAAGUUUAACCCUGUUGGAUAAAUAUAUAAGCUUUAUUUGCUCAAGGACUUCAAGUUCUCUCCUAUGACUGGAAUGUAAAUUUUCUAAACAUGCACUCAUCUAUCUGAGUUACAAUUGCCAAGAAUUAUGAUACGUACUUUUCUAAUCGAAUUAAUUCUCUGGUUUGUUUGAACCAUUGAUUUCACUUCUCUUCAAAAAACUCGUCCGGGGAGGAAAUGACCGUCCUCCCGGUCGAGAAAAUCCCCAAACUUUGGCCUUCCAUCACUAACGGGUCGAUGCCAACCGUCCACUCUGCAACAGCCCAACCGGAGGGUCACGUACAGGACAUCGUAACCCGAGAACGGAUGGGGUAGAAUGAGCGGAUUUUUUUAACCAAUCCGGACAAUUCGCCCCGGAGGGGAUUUCACUUCUCUUAUUACUGUAGUUUCGUUUAUUCUAGCAUUAGAAGAAUUUCAUACUCUGUUUUGGAAUUUGUUUGACUGCUCCUUGUUCUAGCAUACAUGAACUGCGCAACAGUUAUUCAAAUGUUUAUUUGAUAACAUUUUUUAAUGUUUCCUUGGAGUUGGUAUUCUUCUUUGUGAAAUUUUCAGCAUAUCUGGUCCAGUUCAAAGAUUGCAUCAGUUGUUUUGGGAACAAAUGUCUCAGUUGAGUAAUUUGGGUUAUAUUUUGAGUUUUUUGACACAAAACUUAUGCUUCGUUUCUGUACAUUCUUAUAAAACUUCAUUUGUCCUGAGCAUAUUUUUCUUUUUGUUAUCUUCCUGGAAGUGGUAUAUACAUAUAGUGUCUGUAAUUUUUUUUUACCUUCUUAGAAUGGUAAGCUUGAGUUCUGACUAUCCUCUUGUUGAGAAGCAUGGUGUCUUUGUUGAACUUUUUGCUAUAUUCUUUAGCAUGUCAAAUGCCGGUUCAACUCUAAUUUGACGAUAUAAUUUUCUUGCAAAUGAUGUUUAUUUAUCAGUUGUCUUCUUGUUCUUUGACGUUCCCAUAUGUCUAUGCUGCCCGCUAGGAACCUUGGUAGGCAGGAUGACAGAGCUGAAUGCCUGAAUGCAACCAGGUGCUUAAUAUCCUUAUUGAAGCCACCUGGAAUAACCAGUUCAAAUAAGGUUUUGUUAACAGGCAACUUACACAGUUACACUGCAUGUGAAAUCCCCAAGUUUCUGCUGUCUGAGAUCUAAGAACCCGUACAUGGGUUGAGAAAUACUGCCCCCCCCCAAAUUUCUUCGCAAUGAAAUUACCUGAAUUCUUAUGUCUACCAUACUGACCAUUAUCUCGAGAUCUUGUACUUUGCAGUUGUCUUGCAGGUUAGUUGUUCGUGGACUGCACCUCAUAGCCCAUGGACAGAGAUGGAGAUUCAGCAAGGUGCAAUCAAACUUAUUCACCUGUUGCUGAAUUUGUGAAUGCCAUCCGCUGAUUCCUGUUGAUCAAAUCUGCGUUGUCAAACAAACAGUCUUUUGCUGUUAUGGAUUCUCAUCAAGAGAUUAUCUCCAUUUCUGUCUGUUCUGCCAAUUUACAGGGCUCUGGAGUCACAAACUCACUGUCAAGAAGUGCAGGAUAUCUGGUUAGCGUUGCUUAAGCAUAGCUUAUGAUGUUUCACUGUUCCCAAGUGAGUAAACUAAGAAAUUUACGAAAUAGCUAGAUUACUAUAGUUUUUUUUUUGAAAUUAUUUGAGUGAAGAUUGUUCAUGCCAUUUAUGGGCAUUGGCUUGGGUUGAUUCUGUUUUCUCUUAUGCCUCACCCCUCGGAUAUUACAGAUUCUGACAGGAGCAGAAUUAGAACAGCCCCCCCUAACAUCACAAAUGGAUAUGGUUUGUGCUGUAAAUCAUCAUCUAGUCAUUUGCAUAGAAAUCUUUUUUUA